UUUUUGGCACAUUUUAAAGGAUCGACAACGGCACAACGGCUCCUUCGGCAGAUGUUUUUUUGACAACGGUGCGACACGCUGCCCAUAGGCACUGGGAAAGUGUAGCAGUCGCUUGAAUCUCCAAAGGGCAUCAGGAUAACGCGAAGUGCCGCGCUCUUGCUCUGGCAACAUGCUGGCCACGCCAGAGUCUCCCCCCAUGAACCAGUCAAUGGUGAUGCGAGAAGCUCAGUGCAUCGUGCACCGGCUGGAGGCACUGGCCACCACACCACUGGUCGACACUCGCCAAGUCACCCUCGUCGACUUCACCCUCAGCAGCUCAGAGCUCAACAUGACUGGCUCGCCUUGCUGCAAGCUCUUUCACGAAGAGACUCCCAAGAAAAACGACACCUUGUUGGAAAAUGAGCUAAUCUUGGCCGAGGAGCAACUGGGAGCGCUUUCACUGAGCACGAGCACACCGCUGCAGUUGUCCCCGAGCGCACCUGUAUUUGGGGCGAGCUUCACCAUCGGCACAGCGGACGCAACUGGUCUCGAGCCAUGCAAAGACUUGUCUCCUUGCUCUUUGCCCUGUCCAGCGGGUACAGAAUGCAAAGCAGCUUCACCCAAGGCAUUUCUCCACAAAGCGUUGCUCAGUGAUCAGGAAGACGCGCCUUCCAGCCCUUGCCUGGUGACUCUUGAUGAAGCACUCGAACUCCGUGGUGCUGGGGGAGGUUUGGUCGACGUACUGGCAGGCAGUGCACCACAUCAGUCACCGUCUUUGGCCGCUGGUGAAACGGGCCUCCGAGCUUCAGAUAGAGCAACAGACGGCCCCUGCCACCUCUUCAAUGUUGCAGGCUCCGAUGACGGCAACCUCAACAGCACUCCACCCGAACCACUGCCGGCUCUUGGAGAGUCUUUCAUUGUCACCAGAGAAUUCCCGACUGCUGACACAGUGGCAUUGGAUGGCUCCCCUGUACCAGAGACCACGUUUGCCAUCCCAGAUAGUCUACCUGUGGAGACAGCAGUGACGCAGGCUCCCUUGGCCAAAAUGGACGCCACCAUGAUCAGGGAGGAUUUGUUGGGGCAGCCAUCUUCCGAGAGUGCGGCACUGGCCUCCAGGAACGUUCCAUGCACUCCACCCGAAUCACUGCCAGCCCACGGGGUGUCAUUCGUUGUUGCCACGGAAUCCCAGGCUGCUAGCACAGUGGCAUUGCAUGGCUCGCCCGUGGCCAUAGGUGUAGCAGAGACCACAUUUGCUAUCCCAGACAUUUCCCCUGUGGUGACGGCAGAGAAACAGGCUCCCUCGGCCAAGAUGGGUGCAGCCAUGAACAGGAAGGCUGGUGGUUUAUUGCGCCAGCCCUCGACCAAGAGUGCGGCACUGGCCUCCAGGAGCGUUCCAUCACCAUGCCCCGCACCACUGCAACGUCCUGCUGCGCGGCUCUCGGUGGCCACCAAGCCCAGGGCAGUCCCUGUGCGACCCAGUGCCGGAAAUCGGGCAGUGGCAGACACCACAUUUGCCACGAGUAUGCGGCCACCUUCGAGACCACCAGUAGCCUCGAAAGCCUGUCGAGCCGCCAAAGUGACUUGUGACAGUAUAAGUGACUCUGUGAAACGAGAAGUAGCUGAAUGA